AAUUAGUGCAACGGAAGUAAUGGAGUAAGAUUCUGUCGAAGAAUAAGCGAGCAAGGUACAUUUGGACUACGAAGUGACCAUUCGGAAUUUCAUAUAGCCCGCGAAUGGAACGUGUGAGCAACAUUAUAGAUACUAUAAUACGUAAUACGUAAAUAAAAGUCCUCGUUUAAAAAUUGGAAAUAUUUAAAUCAAACCGUUUAAUUCGCCAAAGUUCCGCACCGAUUUUUAUCUUCAUGAAAACUACAUAUCGUAAAAUAUUGCAUAUUAAGAAUAUGACAAAAAAUUCUGAGAACAUGAUUAUAGAUUAUUUUUUUGCUUUUCACGUUGCUUACCCUGAACUACUGAGCCUAUAGUGUUUUGUUUCUUCUAUUGUUUUAGUGUCCUGAAUGAUCCUGAAACUUCAGAUUUGCAUGCGUGCUUAAAUUAUUCCCUGACACGUCUAACUUGUCAUUAAGAAUGGGCUGUGAUGAAAAAUGUAUUCGCCAAGUUAGUCAAUAUUUAAAUGCGCCUGUGGGAAAAUUGGCAUUUGACGUUGGUGGAAAU